UUCUUUCCUGCCCCCAGACCCCAGUCGCCUCCUCGCCUUCCCACUUCCAGUUCGUCUGGCUUCGGCGAUAAAGCCGUUGGCCACUUCUUCUCCAUCUCCUCCGAUUCCUUCCCAGAUUGCUCCAAACACUAGCGCCCUUCUCCCCUUCUCCGCGGACGGCGACCGGAUGCGGAAAACCGAAGCCCGGCCUGCUGCUGCUAGCGCUGCACUGGCGCCGGCGGCUUGAUUGAUCCCUUGGUUUGCCGUUUUGAUAUGCACCAUUGCCAUGGGUGGCAAGACUCUUCAGAUAUCAGGAUUUCCUGCAAAUGUCCAUGCCGAUCAUGUCAAGGAUUUGUUGGAACAAAUUGUUGGUGCUGGUAACGUCUACGCGGUCAAGCUCAGGCCUCCAAAGAACAUCACGGCAAACUCAAGAUCUUUUGCCAUUGUUCAGUUCCAGACUGAGGAAUAUGCUUCUCUGGUGGAGAAUGCGGCUUGAAGGAAUGUGCUUAGUACUGAAAGUUAUUAUCUGAAAGUCCGACCUGCGGAACGUGACAUUGUUCCAAGACCAAGAACUGCAAUGUUUACUCUACAUGGUGCAACACUGCGUUUUAGCUGCCUUCUGAAGGAAAAUGUCCUGUCUGUUCUGUGGAGCGGAACAGAUGUUUCGGUUGAGUUUGGAUUUGAUAUGAAAAAGAUUUACUUCUACCUGGAAUGCAGGAAAUACAAACUUGAACUUUCCUAUGAGAGCAUAUGGGAGAUCCAGCUUCACCGCCCACCCGCUUAUCGGUCACAAAAGAAGUUCCUUUUGAUCCAGGUUGAGGCUGCUCCAAAAAUUUAUGAACUGAACCAACGCCGUGCUGGCUUUAUGUUCGAAGAUCCAUUGUUCAACUAUUUUAGGGAUGAUACGGAUGAUCAAUGGACCAGAACAACUGAUUUUACUCCAUCAGCUAGCAUUGGGCAAUCAUUUAUUCUUUGUCUGGAGCUACCCUAUCAUCAUGAUCUCCCAAAGAUUCGUGACUACUUUGUUUACUAUGAAGAACACAAUGAUGACUUCCACUGCCGGAGUGGUCAUUCAUAUUCUUGUGAUACUCGAUUUGUUCCGAAUGUGAAAUCUCAUCAUUUCAUUGAUGUACCUUAUGAGAUACUCUUCAAGAUCAACCACUUGGUUCAGAAUGGGACACUUAGUGGGCCAACACUUGAUGACAACUUUUUUCGUAUGGUCAGCCCAGGAUUUGUAUCUAUUGACCAUAUAAAGCGUGCACUUGAAAAAUUGUCAUACCAAAAAAAGACUUGUUUGAAUCCAACAAAUUGGUUAUCUGAACAAUAUGCAAUAAUCAAGAGAUCACGCUACGUGUUAGCAUCACCCAACAUAUCUCUGGAUGAUGGGUUGGUCUAUGUCUACAGAGCGCAAGUUACCCCUGCAAAAGUGUACUUUUAUGGUCCUGAGAUUAAUGUCUCCAAUCGUGUUGUACGUCAUUAUGCUGCUGACUUGGAAAACUUCCUUCGGAUUUCAUUUGUUGAUGAGGACUGUGAGAAGCUCCGUUCAACUGAUUUAUCACCACGCUCCGCUCCUGGAGAUAGUACAAGGAGAACUGCUCUGUAUAACAGAGUCCUGUCGGUCCUUUCAAAUGGCCUUACUAUCGGCGACAAGCACUUUGAGUUCUUGGCUUUUUCUUCAAGCCAGCUUCGAGAUAACUCAGCAUGGAUGUUUGCUUCUCGGCCAGGGUUAUCUGCCAGUGACAUCAGACAGUGGAUGGGGAACUUCUGUAAUAUUAGGAAUGUGGCAAAAUAUGCUGCAAGGCUUGGUCAGUCACUUAGCUCCUCGACAGAAACCUUGAAAGUACAAAAAUAUGAGGUGGAGGAAAUUCCAGAUAUUACAAAUGGUACGGAGUAUGUAUUCUCUGAUGGAAUUGGAACGAUUUCAGCUGAUUUUGCAAAUGAAGUGUCUAUGAAGUGCAAAACCCGCUUUACUCCCUCUGCUUUCUAAAUAAGGUAUGGAGGUUAUAAAGGCGUUGUUGCUAUUGACCCAAGAUCGGACUGGAAACUUUCUUUGAGAAGAAGCAUGUCAAAGUUUCAGUCAGACAACAUCACACUAGACGUCCUUGCAUACAGCAAGUACCAGCCCUGCUUCCUGAAUCGGCAGUUAAUCACUCUUCUUUCAACACUUGGAGUCAGAGAUGACAUAUUUGAGCUGAAGCAACAAAAAGCUGUUAAGCAGCUGAACAGAAUGGUAACUGAACCACAAGCUGCAUUUGAAGCGAUUGAACUUAUGCCUAUGGGAGAAAUUACCAAUGUUGUUAAGGAAUUGCUAUCAUGUGGCUACCGGCCUGAUGUGGAACCAUAUCUUUCUAUGCUGCUGCAAAAUAGGGCUUCCAAGUUGCUAGAGUUGAAAACAAAGUCAAGGAUAUUUAUCACAAAUGGCCGAGCAAUGAUGGGAUGCUUGGAUGAAACCCGCACACUGAAGUAUGGAGAGGUAUUCAUUCAAGUGUCCAGUAGUGCCAAUGACCAUGACAAGUUUGCUGUAACCGGAAAAGUUGUCGUCGCCAAAAACCCUUGCCUCCACCCUGGUGUCCGUAUUCUCCAGGCUGUUUAUCGCCCUGUUCUGGACCACAUGGUUAACUGUGUCGUCUUUCCACAGCAGGGACCAAGGCCUCAUCCUAAUGAGUGUUCAGGGAGUGAUCUUGAUGGGGACAUAUAUUUUGUUUCAUGGGAUCCAGAUCUCAUUCCAACUCGUAUGGUGACCCCUAUGGACUAUACUCCAGCACCAACAGAAACAUUAGACCAUGAUGUUAUGAUUGAGGAAGUACAUGAGUAUUUUACAAAUUACAUAGUUAACGAGAGUCUGGGAAUCAUCGCCAACGCGCAUGUAGUCUUUGCGGAUAAGGAACAUCUCAAGGCCGAAAGUGCACCAUGCCUUAUGCUGGCCGAGCUCUUCUCAAUUGCUGUCGAUUACCCAAAGACAGGAGUGCCGGCUCAAAUUCCUUCUGAUCUGCAUGUGAGGGAAUAUCCAGAUUUUAUGGAGAAGCUUGACAGAGUUACGUAUGAAUCAAAGGGAGUAAUUGGGAAGCUCUAUAGGGAAAUAAAGAAGCAGAACCCUCACGUAGAGCACUUCACAAAGGAUGUGGCAAGGCGGUCUUAUGACACUGAUUUGAUUGUGGAUGGCUACCAAGAUUAUAUCACUGAGGCUAUGUAUUUGAAGGAAGAGUAUGACUUCAAGUUGGGUAAUCUGAUGGAGCACUACGGAAUAAAAAGUGAGGCCGAGAUAAUAAGUGGAUGCAUUCUGAAGAUGGCAAAGAAUUUCACCAAGAGCAGCGACGCCGAUGCUAUUAGACUGGCGGUGAAAUCUUUGCGGAAAGAAGCAAGGUCAUGGUUCAGCGAGAUGAGCGCUGAUGAGACUGACGAUGGUCAGGAUGCCUCGUAUGCCAAGGCAUCCGCCUGGUAUCAUGUUACCUAUCACCCGCAGUACUGGGGCUGUUACAACGAAGGAUAUGGUCACCGGACUCAUCACCUCAUCAGCUUUCCGUGGUGUGUCUAUGACAAGCUGCUGCUCAUCAAGCAGAGGAAGAACUUUCUCAGGAGGAUGCAGCCUGAAAUGCACUCUCUCCAGAAUAGGAUGAACCGGAGCACGCUAUUCGGUUGAGCACUACAAUAAGGUUUGCUAUUGUACAUAUAGGAUGAACCGGAGUAUGUUUUAACCCUUUGCAUUAAACAUGACGAUUCUUGUGCUCGUAUGUUCGCCGAGGGCAAUUAUAAUUGCUGUUAAAUAUUACUACAAUACGUACUGCAUGUUCA